AGUGUCUGCCGUGAGUUUUACUAGUUACAUUUAUGUAUACGGAGGAGAGAGGCGGCAAUGAGCAGCAGCGGUCGCCGCCGAACGAGGCUGCGGCACCGGCGGAGUUCACGGGAACAUGCGGCAGUACUGGCAACUCGCUUCAGACGACGUUGGUUAUGUUGGCGUGGCUUGGCGUUCCUCCCUCUAUCGUUGUCAUCGUCUUCGCCUCAUUCAUCUUCCUUUCCUUCAUCAACGCCAUCAUGGUAAUUGGAUUGUUGUUCCUAUUGAUUUGCAUUCCGAUUGAUCAAAACAGUAAAUGGGGCAUUAGAAUAGCCAGGUGUAUUUGUAUGCAAGCUUCCGGUUACUUCCCGAUGCAUUUGUACGUGGAGGACAUCAGAGCCUUUGAUCCUAAUCGCGCAUAUAUUUUUGGCUAUGAACCACAUUCAGUUUGGCCAGUUGGAAUUGUUAUGCUUUGUGCCCUUACUGGUUUUAUGCCUCUACCCAAAAUCAAAGGUCUCUGUAGCACUGCUGUGUUUAAUACAACAGUGAUGAGGCAUAUAUGGACUUGGUUGGGAAUGUCAGCUGCAACAAAGCAAAACUUCAAGUCCCUGCUCUCAUCUGGGUAUAGCUACAUCAUUGUGCCAGGUGGAACUCAGGAAACAUUUUAUAUGGACCAUGGUUGUGAGACUCUGUUCCUGAAAUCAAGAAAAGGAUUUGUACGGAUUUCUAUGGAGAUGGGCACUCCUCUGGUUCCAGUUUUCUGCUUUGGCCAGUCCAAUGUGUACAAGUGGUGGAAACCUAGCAGCAAACUUUACUUGAAAUUUUGUCGAGCUAUUAAGUUCACACCAACUCUCUUCUGGGGUUACAUGGGGUCUUUUAUGCCGUUUCAACAUCCAAUUCAUGUUGUGGUUGGUAGACCAAUAGAAGUAGAGAAGAACACACAACCCACUGCAGAAGAGGUAAGCAUCAUCAUCCUCGAACCACAUAAUUAUCAUGAAAUUUUUCUGUUUUUUUUUUUUUUUUUAAUUUUUUUAAUUUUUUUUUUUUUAAUUUUCCUAAUUGAAUUUACACUUGAAUUGAAUGGUAGCUUGCGACACUACACAGUCAGUUUAUAGAAGCCUUGGUAGAACUCUUUGAAAAGCACAAAAUGAGGCUUGGUUAUACUGAUCUCAAGUUGAAAAUUCUUUAAGGCAUCCCCUUA